AUGAUGCAACAAUCCUCAGUCAUGUCUGGCCGUGGUAAAGGUGGUAAGGGACUUGGAAAGGGAGGCGCUAAACGCCAUCGGAAGGUGCUUCGGGAUAACAUCCAAGGUAUUACGAAGCCGGCUAUUCGUCGUUUGGCUCGUCGUGGCGGUGUCAAGCGUAUUUCUGGGUUGAUUUAUGAAGAGACCCGUGGCGUGUUGAAGGUGUUUUUGGAGAACGUGAUCCGCGAUGCUGUUACUUACACUGAGCAUGCUAAGCGUAAGACGGUUACAGCCAUGGAUGUGGUGUAUGCUCUGAAACGCCAGGGCCGAACUCUGUACGGAUUUGGUGGUUAA